UACUUUUCUUGCCUUGUCUGCCAUCCAUGCGUCGUCACACCUCUAAAAGAGAACGAGAGAACACCAGAUGGUCACAGUGUCGAUAUCAGGAAUGAUGAACAACCGCGCGCUUUGCCUCUACGUCGCGCUCCUCUACCCGAUCCCCAAAACAUUGACGGAAUACUCAACCAAUACUGACUCGGAGUACGAGUUUGGGGAUUACCGGGGCAAGUGGUGCUUAGACGACCACGGAUUUGUGUAUAGCAUCGGGGAAGUGUACUAUCCCAGUCCAUCUGCUUGUCCGUGCACCUGCACUGAAGACGGACCCGUGUGCAUACGACCCAAGUGUCCUCGCAUUCAUCCUCGAUGUACACGGAUUAAAUACAAAUCCUGCUGUCCAGUGUGUGAGGCAGUUAGCAAAGUGUGUGUAUAUGGUGGCAAAAUGUACAGGAUAUUCGAAGAAUUCAGGUUGUCACGCUGUGAGAGAUGUCGUUGCGAGUCCAACAGGGAGGUGUCCUGUUCCAUCUCUGACUGUCCUGCACCACACUGUGUCAACCCUACAUUUGAGCCCAACCACUGCUGUCCUGUCUGCUACACUGGGCCCAAUUGUUUUGUGGGCAACAGAGUGAUCUCGGCAGGGGAGCGAGUAGAGAUAGACAAGCAGACGGUGUGUUACUGCACCUACCGGGACAGCACCUGGCAGAUGCACCCCCAUGCCACCUGCGAGCAGCGCCCGCUGCCGGACCUCGAUCUCAACCCCAGCCCCUCUGAGCCCCCCGAGGAAGACGAGACCAAGCAGAUGGACAGGGACUUCCGCCCCAGGCUGGACUGGAUCCCGUGAGCAGGCAGGAGGGUGGGUGUGAGGGUAAUAGUGCGCCAAGGGGAAACAGGGAGAUGAUGGGGCAGGUUGUUUUCCGUGCCCUGCUGAGUGCAGUUUGCAUAGGGCUUAGGGCCAGGGAUGAUCUACUACACCACAUUAUACAACCACAACAACAUUACUAGCUAGUAGUGUUUGUGCAACAUUAUAUAAAACUUUGCACACAGGAACAAUAUAUGGUGCACAUUAAAGACAAUACACAACUAUAACAUAUAGUUCUGUGAAAUUAAUUUGUCUCCAUGUUCCUUCACUUGCAGUAGUCUGGUUUUGUCAUCAAAGGGCUGGUGUAAGUGGACACUUAGAGAUGGUUGCAACAUUCACCCUUUUAUUAAUCUCAGGUUUACACUAGUGCACAUUAACGUUGCUCUGUAUAUUUCUUUGACUACUGUUUCUUUAAUAACAUUGAUAUCCAUCUCAGAAUGGUUCUAACGCUGAAAUGGAAAUGUUCCUUUUUCUGUAUAUAAAUUGACUUGUAGUUCUAUGAAGUGUACCUUUGAUGGACAUAUCAAAUAAACAUCAGGAACCGUAUGUAUCAAGCGUCUCAGAUUCAAGUGACAAUUUAGGAUGUUUUGCCUUCAAUAGAUUACAAUGAAUAAGAUUACAUGGAUAAGGGGCCCUGACCCCAGAUCAACCCUCCUACGGAGACGCUUGAUACGGACCCAGUUGAAUGACAAUGUCCCAUCCUUAUACUUGUUUACAUGCAGGCAAGCUCCUACACCAGGGGUAUGCAACCCUGUUCCUGGAGUGCCACAAGUACUGCAGGGUUUUGUUCCAACUAGGCACCACAUGACCAAUUGAUCAGUUCAGUGAUUGCCUGAAUUCAACACACCUGGUCUUCCAGGAUAAUUAAAUCAGAAACAUGAAGUGGUUGCGGCACUACAGGACCAGGGUUGCCUACCCCACCCUACACUUUUCCCUGGACAAGGAUUCUAUCUGAUCUCAGGGCCCUUACAUGAAAAUGUCACUUCCCUUCUAGGUUACCCACUUGGUAAUUUUGUAAAUAUAUAUUAUUUUCUGGUACUAGAUGUACCCAUCUCGUUAUUAAAUACAAUUUGUUUUUGUGCGGGCCUUCAUAUCCCUCAAUGCAAACUUAAUUUAGGCUCUUCGACGAGCAACCUCCUGCAAUAUGGAUUUGUAUUUUCAGCCACAAAGAUAAAUUCUCCAUAAAUGUACCCCCGCUAUCCAUAAUUUAGUCAUCCAUUAACAAGUUAUCAAACAUAUCCUGACUUGGACAACAAUUCACGGGGCCAUUCUGACAAUUUUAUGGGCUCCCGAAUUGCACAGCAGUCUAGGAGACUGCAUCUCAGCGCUAGAUGCACCACUACAGACCAUGGUCAAUCACAGGCUGUAUCACACCCAGCCGUGAUCGGGAGUCCCAUAGCGCAGCGCAAAAUUUGCCCAGUGUCACUAGGGGAGGGUAGGCAGUCAUUGUAAAAUACAAAUUUGUUCUUAACUGACUUGCCUAGGUUAAAUAAAAGGUUAAAAAAAGAAUUGCCGUGUCAAUAUUUUUGGAAUGUGUUCCUGUUCUUACACCCAGUGAGACUAAACAGAUGUAUACAGUAGAUACUGUGUAGUUUGACACUGCCUUGGGAUCUUGCAAACAGGACACUGACUUUACAAUGGUUUUUAUUGAAAACAACAAGCCAGGAUCAAGGAUCACGCUAUGCUGCCAGCAUUUGAAGCAAUCCUGGGCCACAGGUCUGCACAUUCCUUGGCCACCGGUCCUGUGAUGGCCGAACCUGUAACAAAGACAAAUUCAGCCCACAACAAAAAUGAGAUAAAAUAGUAGACAAGAUGCCUUUGGCCUUGCAUCAGUGUAGUAACAUUUCACUCUUUGCAGACCUGCCACUUACAAUGUGAACAAAAACAUAGUUAUGGAGCUCAUGCAUCCACAAGAAAACUACAUACUCAAUUUGACUGCACCGUCUUGAUUUGAACAUCCACACUUUACUUUGGUUGCUGACAAACAAAUCCCCACCGUUUCCAGGUCAAUUCCUAUAGCGUUACCUACAAAAUAACCCCACUUGGCAUUGUAACAUCAAAAUACGACAUGUAGCAGUGAGAUUCUCUACCCCAAGUGAACUUGAAAGGAAUGGACAGGUGUGCAUACCAAUCCAUGUUUUCAAAUAAAUGACUGAGUGAGGACAUACACACUUCCAGGAGAAAGGUAGAAAAUCACACUGCCCCCAUUAUUUCACUGUAUCUAAAUGUAUUCAAAGGAUGACCACUAUCCAGUGAACACAAAUGUUUCAUCACUGAUUGAGAUUGGUCAGCCAAAAUGAGACUGCCAUCUCACCCACAGUGAUGAUCUUAAAAUUCCCUUCUUCGACAACUCACCGAGCUACUGACCAGACAAAGCAAGUGCUUUUUGAAGGGGUGUCAUUUAUAUUUGCAAAAGAGUAUUAGACAAGAAAAUGUACUACUCAAAAUCCACAUCCAGAAUUUGAAAAGCACUCAAAGAAGCCCAGCCAAACAUCCUUAUGAAGAACCUUCAUGACUUGGGAUGGGGGCCCAAAGACUCAAAAUCCCAACUCACCUUUCAUUUCUCCUUUGACAUUCACUAUGACCCCCGCAUUGUCUUCAAAGUAGAGAAACACGCCAUCCUUUCGCCGAUACGACUUCCGCUGCCGUAU